AAGGUAAACUGUCAGUGGGUGGCAGAGUGAGGAAGUGCAUUAGUGCAAAGCCGCUGUAGAGUUUUGUUUCGCAUUUUUUAAAUAAUUAUAACCAAAAGUAGUGUAAAAAAAUAAUGUGCAGUUCAACCCGUCAUUUUUGUUGUAUAUAAUAUUAACCAUUUAGCCAAUUAUUAACUAUUCUUGUACUUAGUAUAAUGGGAAAAUAAGCUCAGAUUUUUGUCUCCUGAGAUGGAGGAGUCUGUCAAGAAAGCAUGCGUGAAGUAGGUUAUAAAUGACAUUGAUAUUUUUUCUAAACGUGCACAUGUUUUGCGUUUUUUUGCACACUGCGUGUCCUAUUAAAUUUUUCCAAGUGGUUUCACAAUUAUAGCGGCAAAUUAAGAAAAAUUGUCUUGUGACGCGAAGUAUUCGCGUGAUAUGUUGUCACUCAGGUUGAGUUUUUGCAGUAGAGAGACUAUAAGAUUAUUGUCUGACUAUAAUUUAUUUAUUCUGUGUAAAGUCACAUCGAAACAAGUAUCAUCAAGAGAAUCAAUUUGAUAAGGACUGGAAUGAUUAGAAUGAAACGUUACCGUCAGUAUGCUCGAUAAGAGGCGGCUACCAACCAUUGGAUCUUCAUCAUGUCACCUCAUCUUCGUACUCGCUCUCACCUUCACUGGAUGCGUUUUCUUCUCGUAUCACAACGCCUACCAAGUUUUCACCGUACUGCCAGCUAAUGUAAUGAACAAUCCAGGAUAUUUCUUAAUUCCUCCUGGCAAUAGCACCGAGUAUUCUCCACCGUACACAACAAGCGAACUCGAAAUAGGAGACGAAACCACCUUGAUUGAUUUAAAAAGCUUCAGAUUUACCAUGAACCAUGACAUGUGUAACAACACUCAACCAUUGUUGCUUAUGAUGAUACAUUCAUCGCCAAAAAAUUUACAAAAAAGAAAUGUAAUCCGCGAAACAUGGGGUCGAAGAAGUUCGUUGGUUACCACCUUAUUUCUCGUUGGCUGGUCCGAAGAGUAUAAGGUGGAACUUGAAGAAGAGGAUAUGAAAUACGGAGAUUUAAUUCAGGGGAAUUUUCUCGAUGCCUACAGAAACAUGACCUAUAAACAUGUCAUGGCUUUGAAGUGGGCCACGUAUCAUUGUGCUAGUGCCAAAUAUAUAUUGAAAUUGGAUGAUGACGUGUUCGUGCAUGUCCCAGCAGUGUUGGAUUUCCUGAAGCACCAUUUGUCACCCUGGGGAGCCAGACGUCUCAUACUAUGUGAUCCUCUCACGGCGAAAGUGAAGAGAUCCUAUCGUUCAAAGUGGAGAGUUUCCCCGCGAGAGUAUCCUCGAAGACAUUAUCCAGUUUACUGCGCCGGAUGGGGCAUUCUCUACUCUCCGGAUACGGCCUUCCUGCUGUACCGCGAAGCUCAAAAAGAACCUUAUUUUUGGAUAGAUGAUGUGCAUAUCACCGGAACUAUAGCUGGGAAACUUAAUUUAACUCAAGUGUCGCUGCACUCUCUCGUGCUUACUAAGGAGGAGAAGGAAUACAUGUUGAAUGAUUCUGCUUUCUUUAAAGAAUUUUUGUUUGGACCGCCAAACUUAACAGAAAACGAAAUACGAGCUCUGCACAGUAUUGUUUCCCGAGGCUAAAUAUUCAAAGAUAUGAUUGUACGGUGACUUUGUAAGCGAGUAAUGCCAUAAAAUUUUUAAAAACUUUCAUCA